AUGUCCUCGUUCUCAGCCACAAAAGCCGUCGAAGCCUUGAUCGAGUCGGUUCUGAGUCAGAAGAACAGCCGCAAAAGAAAGAGGCCGACUAGAUCAGUCACAGAAGAACUUGAGGACAUCUUGCCGUCAUUGCCUAUCCUAACCCCAACCCCCUUUAGAUGGCAUAGGUUUGACUACAGUCCAUCGCCUUCACCGUUGCCUUCUCCGUCUACGGCUUCAGACGAGAGCUCGUACGAAAAGGAGACCUGCAAGAAGAGUGACGCUCUGCUCCUGCCAGUCAAGGCGUCGACUUUCAAUCGAGCCCUCAGAAUAAUGAGCGGGCUACCUGUAGCUUCAAGAGCUGCUCGGCAGGCCGAGAGAAGGGAGAAGCCAAAGGAACGGCCUCCGGUAUGGGCUGAGAGUCGACAAGAGCUCUGCGAAGCUCUUCCAUAUUACCGUUCCUUCCAGUCAGGCUUGUAUAUGCACUCUAAGGUCACCUUUGGGUACCUUCUUGAAGCUUUUCCCGCCCCGUUAGUCCUCUACAUCAUGGGGGAUAAUGACUUGCUGACUCUUGGACUUAGUCGAGACGCCUGGGCAAGUAAUGGACGAGUCAUCAUCUCGCAUGGAGGAGGCCAGUGCAUAUGUCCCAAGCUCCCAAAUGGCAAGCAAGGCCCCCCAGUCCUCCAAGCGGACCAAUCCCGUUCCGAUGCUCGCGUAGACGCUCUCCUCACCGCCGCAGAGAGACGGACGCCCAUCGUUCUGAUAGCUGGAGAAGGGUACAAGGAGCUGCCCUGGAAGCUUGAUUGCGCGUAUGUGGUGCUGGGGUGGUAUUGGAUAUCAUACACGUGGGUGGAGGCUGAGCCUGCGUAUAAGGGUACCAAGCCUCCAUCAGGAAGAGACUAUUUCCAUCGGAUCAAGAUCCGAUUCGACUGGGUUGAGAGUCAAGGAGAUCCGUGGUGGGACUCGGAGAUACCCGUUUCUCCUCUACCUGUGAAUCAACUGUCUUCGACACCCCGGCGACCUUGCGGCAUCUCGUCAAGCUCAGAAGCGGCCGAGAUGAUAUUGUCUUUUGAACAACCGUCACCGAAGACAUCUACCCAUAAUUUCGAGUCGUAUACGGAGAGCACGCCCUCAUGGCCGGGUGCGUCCGAGCUUCCAAUAUCAAGCCCAGACCUGCAAGGCGAGGACCAUAACAACCUUCGAUGGCUUUACCUGCCCCACUUGCGACUCGCAAAGCCCCAGAAUCUACAUCGAAGGUCCCAUCUGCGUUCAUCCCUCAUGCCCCGCCUUCUUCCUCCUUCUCACCCCUCUAGGGCUCCUCCCCAUUCCGCCGACUUUCACGCUCACCCUCUACUGCCGUAUGAGGUAGUCCCACCAGGGCCGGUAGAAGAUUGGCCAGAAGCUGAUGAAGGUGGGCUGGGAGGGGCGGGGGAGAAGACGCUUUGGAGAGGGUGGGUUUGUUCGGAGUGUGGAAGAGCGAAUUGCCGCUAUCGGUGGGAAGUCUGGGAAUGUCAAGCAUGUGGUAAUAGUACGGCACAACUGAAUGCUAGUCAUCAAGUACCAUUGUGUCGUCUCACGGAUCUUAGAGAUACCUUCUUGGGAGAUGGAGUGAUAAGGCACUCAACAGGGGUUAGUGCGAGCUUGACGGUUUCGAGAGAGCUGGGGGCUGUAGUCGCCAUCUAUGAGCUUCCCGAAGCCGGCAAGGUCUAUCAUAUCAUGCCAUUCGACAAACAGUAUGCUACGGAACUCUUCUAUGAGUAUCAGCGAGAAGCUACCUCAAAAUCUUGGUUUCAGCGGCGGUCUUUGAAAUCAGGCUCUCUCCUAGCUCAGCACUUCGCGUUCAACAGCGGCGUACCCUACAAGUAUAUAGUAGACACUCUGUCUACUCCGUUUGACGAGUCUCCUGCCUGUGUUACCAAAGCUGUGGAUCGCAUAACAUCCUCAGUGGCUACGGUCUGGGGCGAGGAGUAUCAGUUCAACGAGAUCCUGUCUGUGUGUUAUCGAGAGGGACAGAAGAUGGGGUAUCAUGAUGACGGAGAGCCCGGUUUAGGACCGGUUGUAGCCUCACUCAGUCUGGGCAGCUCGGCAAUGUUGUCAUUCCGUCCCAAGCCUGGGGAGAAACAGCGCGGAAAUCCCGAUGUAGCUUUGAACAUCACUCUUUCUCAUGGCGAUUUCAUGAUCAUGGAUGGACACGAGAUCCAGCGCAAAUACCAUCACCGAGUCGUUCCCCAAGGUUUCCGCAUCGCUGCCACCGCCCGCCGGAUAUCUCCUGCCAAGCCGGAUGUCCAAGUCAAAGCGGGUGUCGAGGCCGAGGACACUGGAGAGGUCAAAUACGAUGAUGUUGUAGAGUCUUGUCUGGGGCCAGAUCUGUCACGCUUGGGUACGGCACAGCCUGUCUUGGACCCACCAAGGUAUUCAUCGAGGGAGUUGCCGCAGCUGCCGCCUUUACAUUCAAUCUUUGAUCACACUUUACUCCCUCGUCGGACCCCUAUACAGCACCCUUAUCCCGUACCCGAACCCAUGGUGAACUGUUAA